GAAAGCAGUUGAGGAACUGGCUUGACAUCUGUGCCACAGACUCUGUUAAAAUGGACUCCAGAUUUCUGCUGUGCUGCCUGGUCCUGAGCUCGACGGGCUGCGUGGUGGUGUACGCACACAUGGUGCUGGAGGAGCGGGUCAGGAACACCAACGAGUCUCCCAUGGACGCCCUGCAGGAGCACGCUCAGUCCCACACUCCCCCAGUCCUCAUCGUCGAAUUACCAAAAAAUGCAAAGAAAAACAAAACAAAAACAGAGAAGAGACCAAAGAAGAACAAGUUCAGCUCCAAGAGCAAACGGCCCACUCCCCCGGCCAACUGUGUGCCUUUAUGGGGCAGCUGCAAGACGCCCAACGCCGUCUGCUGCGAAUACUGCGCCCACUGCCACUGUCGCAUCUUCAAGACCGUCUGCUACUGUCGCAUGGGUUACCCAGGCUGCUGAACAGAACCGAACAAACUCAACAGCACAGAAACGUGUGUGUUUUUCGACAGAGACAAGACUGAGUGGCUCUACAGUAUACAUACAAGUGGAAUGCCCGCUUGGAAUCAACUGAAGUGAAGGAUUACGUGGACCUCUGAUGGAUCGACAGUUGACAUAAAAAGGCUUUUUUAUUUAAGAAAAAAGAAUUGCACAUGAUAACAGAGACUUUAUUUCCCCUGCACAAAACUAGAUUUAUUAUAUGUUUUAUUUAUUAUCAAUCUCAUUGCAGCGUUUUAAUCAACAAAGCACUAUUCAUAAGAAUCCAUAUGCAACACUAUGUUCCGUAUGAAAAUAGAUGUUGCGAAGUAUGUGAAAGGAAUGUCAGGUCAUGUGAUAAACUUGCAGGAUUUGGUUGGUUUAGAGUAGGUUUAACCAUGAGUAAACUAUAACAUGGCAGCCAUGUUUUAUGUCACAUACAGUAUGCUAAAGCACUGAGAUCAUUUGGGCAAUCUAUUACUAAAUAAUGAAAACAAUUAACUGUUUUUGCA